ACGUGCCCGAAACCGCCAACAUUGCCCCCGUCGAAGUAGGUGACCCGACAAAACCACGGAUUGGAAGUUGACCCUAGCAGAAACACUUUCCAUGCCAGGUUCACUCUUUGGGUCCGGUUCGGAGACUGAGUCGGUCAAUGAAGACGGCACUUCCUCUGAAUCACCAGCAGGACUUGAGUACAUCCCUAAUGCCCUACCUGACGAACUAGUCGAACCUCUCAUGGAAUAUCUCGCCGUGAACAUAGCCAAUCACCAGCAACUCCAUCUCUUCCCACCAAUACCCGCCGUGAUUCUCGACGUGUCACGUCUCUGCAUCCCUCAGUCCUGGAAAGACAAGCUCUGGAACGGACAUGAUAUGGAAGCCGGAAUCAUCCAGAAAUAUGAAAUGGGCCAAGGAAUCGGCUGGCACGUCGACCUCGACCGGUUUACGGACGGUGUCGCCAUCUUGUCUCUGCUAUCAGCUACUACGUUGUCUUUCCGACAUGUGAUGGAUCAUGCACGGAGAUGUGAUGUCAAGCUGGAACCUGGGAGUGCGGUACUGAUGAGUGGGGAAGCGAGAUAUGAAUGGGAACAUUCGAUUGAGGCGAAGGAUUGGGACGGAAGUGAGGAGACAGGGUGGUGGAAGAGGGGGAGGAGGAUCAGUGUGACGAUGAGGCGGGUGAGGGAUGAUCGCAAGACGGAGUCAUGAGCUUGAAGCGGGUUUUUGAAGCGGGCUUGAAGGGAUGCUGGAGGAAAAAACUAUUCUCGCUCGCACAACGCAUGGCCCGUUGGAUGCCUUAAUCCGUGGACGCUCAUUACGCAUCCUGUGGAGAGGAGGAGGUCUUGCGACCUGCAGAGAAGGGGAGUCAUUCGGCCAGACUAACAGAACAGAGCGGGAGCCUCACGAGACUUGCGUUUCGCUCUGGGAGAUGAGUGUUGCGCUCGCAACCACAGAGUGUGAUACACCUUUACAUAGUCACAGGCAAAUGAUGCCGAGUUAAGGCCGAGGACCGUCAGCAGAUCACGAGCGUGGAGGGCAUGGGAGGGUCAAAAGGGAAUGCCCGAGCAGAAGCGACUAUACCUAUGACUCGAGGAAAGACUCCAUGACUCACCUUUAUGAAUCAUGAUCGGAUAUCCGGCAAUAAUGAACGAUAGAUGAUUCUGGUU